CGACGCUCUUGACAUCCCCAUCCCUUCCAUCAUCAUCCCUCCCCCCUCCUUCCUUCACCUUCUCUCUCCCUCUCCCUUCCAUACAACCUCCCAACUUCAUCACCUUCGCACUCUCACUUCACCAAACGGGCUAUGUCACCCUUAUCUGCUUCACAUUGGCCUUGACAAGACUUUCCAGACUUUCGCCUCACCCUGACUUCACCUCCACGCCACGUUCCGCGUCUAAAGGGAGGCCCAAUCCCAGCUCAGUCCCACCAAAAGAUUGCAGUCUACGCCUUAAUUUACCACCACAUCUAAAUCGACACUGCUACCUCGCUGUCUAGGGGCGCACCCCGUUGCUCAUCUUUCACCUUCAUUACAACUCUUCCGACCGCCCGACCGGAGGAAUAAAUCGGAAGGUGGAAAAAGAAAUUACACAAUCCUACGGACACGACCUACAGAGUUCUACUUCAACCCGUCGGACGUAACCAUGCCGGCUGCUGCCUCGACCUCCCGCGCCAACGGUCGCUCUAGUGGCUCUGGCAACCCAAAGUUGCUUGUCGUCCUCAAACUGCCUUCCAGUCUAUUGAAGGACUUCGUGCCCAUCAUAGACAGCAAAGACAAGAGAAGGAAGAGCAGCGGUACCGCUGCCAGCAACAAGAGGAACGAGUCGAACGCCGACUUCCUUACCAAGAAGGAAGAAGUUUCCCCUUCGCCCACCUCAUCCGGGGUAGAGCCUCCACCUGCAUCCUCGGUGGACAACGCCUCUGACGCUGCUUCUACACCGGUGCCCGGCACUGCUGCCGAUGCGGAUGCGAAUCGAAAGAGCCUUCCUGGCCUGAAAGCUGGUGCUAAAAGAAGCCUUAACGCGACCUCAGACAACUCUCUAAAGCCAAGAGGAAAACCUGGCCCUAAGAAGAGACCUAGGCUCAAGGCUGACAUGGCUAUGAUUAGUGAGGAUGGUACUUCUGAAAAUGUCAGGCUAAGCACCCACCGACUUGGCCCCAAGGCCAACACUGGUGCAAUUAACGCCGGCCUUCGUGCGCUCGACCGAAGUGGAACACCAUGCCGCAGAUGGGAACGCAAACCAUUGCAGCUUAAGAGCUUCACCGGAGUACAAUGGCAACUCCCUUCCUGGCGAGCUCCUCGCACCCAGACGCAGGAACCCAACGGAGAGACAAAAGAGGGCGUUCUCGAAACCGGUGACAGUGACAGCAGAGCCAACCAAAGUGCAAGCGGAGCCCCCAGUGAAAAAAGCAACUCAGGCGAUGGCGAUUCCACCCCGGCUCAUCCCAGCAUGGUCGAUGCAUCAUCGCCUGCUAUCGCUAUGGCCGCGUAGGCCAGUUUCUCAACUAUAUCAAUUAAUUAUCACCUUCUUUGUAUAAUAUCUUUUGCCACUACGUUGUUUUAUUUCUUUGGUGAGCCCAGGGGCGGAUUUUGUUUUGCUUCUAUUGGCGUUGGUUCUUUUAUUAGGUUGGUCAUGCGGGCUACUUGUUUUGUUUUUAGGCUAUUGACUUUUGUUACCUGGAGCCAUGGCACCUUUGCCUGACAUGCCUAUAUGAGUCUGUUCGACUUUACUUUUAUGUCUAUGUCCUUUACUAUGUACCAUCAGGAAGGGUUAGAUGACGU